AAAAAAAAUUCUCUUUAACCUGUGAAAGGAUACUUCAGUGAUGGAUACACCAGUUUCACUCUGCUGAGUCAUUUGACAUUCUGCAUGUUCCAUUAACCUGAGACUCUGUACUGCUAUUUGCCAUUGUCAUGGAAAUGCAAGAAUGCCACUGCAGGCUGUUGGUCAUCUUACCCAGACAGGCUAUCCUAUGAGAAAACAAUUCUUUGUAACCAAGUGCCUGUGAAGUAAAUGCAUUAAAGGAAUUACAGCUAUCAAACAGCAUAAACCAUCAUAAAACUCUUCAAACAUGCCAAGGAAAAGUCAGUUACAGAUCACAAUGGAGGAUGUGGGAAUUGAGAUUGAUGGACAGGUGGACAGUGAUAGUGAGGAUGAUGGACCAAAAUCUGGAAAAAGAAGACAAGCUGAUAAAUCUGCCAGCGGGAGGAACAACAGGAAUAAUAGCCGCGCAGCAACACGAGUGAGAAAUGGCAGAAGAGGUAAAAAUAUGGACAGUGAGGAAGACGAAGAUGAAGACGAAGAGGAAGAAGAAGAGAAAGCUCCAAGACAAAGAAGAGCUAACAGAAAAAAGGUAGCCAAAUAUGAAGACAGUGAGGAGGACAGUGAAGAUGAUCAGCCGAAGAAAAAAGCCAAUAAAAAAGGCAACAACAAAGCAGAGAAGGAGGAACAAAACACUAAAGCAAAGCAGUCAGACAAAAAUGGAAAAGGAAAGAAUAAAAAUAAAGAUGAUGGUGGAGAGAAAAAAAAGAAAAAAAAGAAUGACAGCAGCUCUUCUGCCUCUGACUCCAACUCUUCAGAUGAAGAAUCAUUAUCAGAGGGUGAAAUGGCAAAGCUCAUGGAAGAAGUUGAAGAAAAGAAAAAGCUUAUUUCAAACAUGAGGAACAAACCUUGGCGUAUGAAAAGAAGACUGCAUGCUCUGAGAGAAGCCCAGGCAUUUGUGGAAAAGUUUGAAGGGGCUUUGGGUAAAGGUAAAGGAAGAAAAUUUUAUGCUUACAAAGUAAUGAUGACAAAGAAAUGGAUCAAGUUUAAAAGAGAUUUUGAAAAUUUUAAAACUGCUUGCAUCCCUUGGGAAAUGAAAAUAAAAGAGGUUGAAAGUCAUUUUGGAUCUUCGGUUGCAUCCUACUUUAUAUUUCUCAGGUGGAUGUAUGGAAUGAACUUGGUUCUUUUUGGUUUAACAUUUGGACUUGUUGUGAUUCCAGAGAUUCUGAUGGGUUUGCCUUAUGGAAGUAUUGCCCGUAAAACAGUGCCAAGAGAUGAGCAAGACACAGCAAUGGAUUUUUCUACCCUUUGGGACUUUAAUGGGUAUGCUAAAUACUCAGUGCUUUUCUAUGGCUAUUAUAACAAUCAACGUACAAUUGGCUUCUUGAAAUACAGAUUACCUUUGGCUUAUUUCAUGGUUGGAAUUGGCACUUUUGGAUAUAGUUUGAUGGUUGUUAUACAAACAAUGGCAAAGAAUGCAGAUGAAACUGGAGGAGAUGGUGAAGACAAUGAUUUUAACUUCUGCUGGAAAAUGUUUACAAGUUGGGACUACCUAAUUGGCAAUUCAGAAACUGCUGAUAACAAAUUUGCCUCUAUUACAACUAGCUUCAAGGAAUCAAUAGUAGAUGAAGAGGAAAACCAGAAGGAUGAAAACAUUCACCUGAGAAGAUUUCUGCGUGUUUUGGCAAAUGUUCUCAUUUUAUGCGGUUUAGGAGGCAGUGGUUAUCUCAUUUAUUUUGUUGUUAAGCGUUCACAGAAGUUUGCAACUAUGGAUGAUCUGGGAUGGUAUGAAAAAAAUGAAGUUGAGAUAGUUAUGUCCUUGCUUGGACUGGUUUGCCCUCCACUGUUUGAGAGCAUUGCUGAACUGGAGGAUUAUCACCCACGUAUUGCACUGAAGUGGCAGCUUGGACGAAUCUUUGCUCUGUUUCUUGGAAAUUUAUAUACAUUUCUUUUUGCCCUUAUAGAUGAAGUUAAUCAGAAGCUAGAAGAGGAAGAAAAUAUAAAGAACAUGACAGCAAUUGCUUUAAAUUUGUAUUAUGCCAAUGUAACACUGAAUGGAACAGAGGCUACUCCUCCACCAAUUGACCCUGCAGAUGUGAUCAGAGGACCAUGCUGGGAAACAACUGUGGGAAUUGAGUUUGUUAAGCUUACCGUUUCUGAUAUUCAAGUGACAUAUAUUACAAUUCUUGUUGGAGAUUUUUUACGGGCUGUAAUUGUAAGAUUCCUUAACUACUGCUGGUGUUGGGACCUGGAAGCUGGAUUUCCAUCAUAUGGUGAAUUUGACAUUAGUGGAAAUGUACUGGGACUCAUCUUCAACCAAGGAAUGAUAUGGAUGGGUGCGUUCUAUGCUCCAGGACUAGUUGGUAUAAAUGUCCUCCGUCUAUUGACAUCAAUGUACUAUCAGUCAUGGGCUGUCAUGAGUUCAAAUGUUCCCCAUGAAAGAGUUUUCAAAGCUUCUAAAUCUAACAAUUUUUACAUGGGCUUGCUGCUGCUUAUUUUAUUUCUCAGUCUUUUGCCAGUGGUCUACACCAUUAUGACAUUACCCCCUUCAUUUGACUGUGGGCCUUUCAGUGGAAAACCACGCAUGUUUGAAGUUAUAAUGGAAACAAUCAAACUGGAUUUUCCAGCUUUUGUUGGAAAACUGUUCAGUUAUGCUGCCAACCCUGGGCUGAUUAUUCCUGCGGUUUUGCUGAUGGUGUUGGCGAUUUAUUAUUUAAAUGCUGUAUCUAAGUCAUAUAUGAAUUCAAACAUGGAAUUAAAGAAGAAGAUGCAAAUGCAACGGGAUGAAGAGAAGAAUCGAAGAAAUAACAAGAGCACAACCAACUCUGUCCUGAAAGAUUUGGAAGAUUUGCUACCUAUCAAUUCUGGAGCUGUUAACCACACCACUGCAGCAUCAAAUCAACAACCCAAUGGUGGAGACCAAACAAAACCUAUGAAGGGAGGAAAUCGAAAUGGGACUAGUGUUCGUCAAGAGAAGGAAGUGUCAUUAUCAGCACAAAAUCCUCGCAUUGCAGUAACAAGACCUCCAGGACCCCGCCCACCUGGCCCAUUGCCUGGAAAUCCACGCCUAGCAGUGCCAGGCCAACCAGGUCGAGGACCACCACCACGGGCAGGUGGAGGCAGAGGGCAACCAAGACAUUAG